GCCUUGAAGUUAUAAACAAUGCCUAAUGCCUGGGUGUUGGUUCCUGCCGCCGGUUGUGGGGAGAGGUUCGGAGAUGAAUGUCCAAAACAAUUUUCACUUGUCCAUGGCCACACCCUGAUAAGCUACACAAUAUCCAGCUUGCUGGCCUGUGAAGAAGUGAAGAAGGUAAUAGUGGUGACUUCAGACCAGACUAGAGUGGGAAACCUUCCCUCAUGGUGGUGCCAUGUGCUGGAUGCGUAUGAUCAAGUGACCUCUGGCUCACAACCAAAGCUAAAUUACAAAAAUUCUGCAGACAAGCCAGAUGGCAAUGCGUUGGUUCAAGAUUAUGUUGCUGGGUUAGAUAAAAAUGAUGAUCUUUCAGUUGAUAGUACUGACCAGACAUUUGCAAGUGAAUAUCAGAUAACCAAGCCUUUGGCAGAAAGCAGGGUUAUAUAUGUCCCUGGGUCUACCAGUAGGCAUCGUUCUAUCAAGUGUGGCUUGGAUGCCAUCAAUGAACUGGUGGAGAUUGGGAAGGAGCCCGCACCAGACGUGGUGCUGGUGCAUGACGGCGUUCGGCCGCUGGUGCCGGCGCCGCUGGUGUCGGCGCUGGUGACGGCCGCGGCGGCGCACGGCGCUGCUGGUCUCACCCGGCCCCUGGUCUCCACCGUGCUGGAGACGCCCGCCGGCCAGCGCGCCUGUCUCGGCCGCAGCCUGGACCGCUCGCGGCACCGCGCCAGCGAGACGCCGCAGGCGUUCACCUACUCGGUGAUCCGGCGCGCCUAUCAACAGUGUUCUGAGCACGAGCUGGAUCACGGCACAGAGUGCCUCCAGCUGGCUCUCACCCACGCCGGUGUAGCUGCCCGCCUAUUGGAUGGAUCGCCUGACCUCUGGAAGGUCACCUACCGACGUGACCUGCACGCGUUCCGCGGCGUCCUAGACGACACGGUGGUUCGUCCUGCAAUAGUCUCCACGGACCUGACUCUGGAUGACAUGCGGGAUAGCCUGAUCCUGGAUCGGGUGCUCAACGAUCCGUGGUGGUUCUCUGGCGCUGAGGGGAGGCGCCGCCUUUAUAGUCGCAUCGAAUUCUGGUGCAGCCUCCGGCCACUAGAGGUCCUCAGAACCUUCGUCCUUCGAGUACCAUACCAAGGAACGGCUGAUGUGUCUGAGUUCUGA